AUGUCCAACUCCGAACUUUCAGUGGGAUCCCCCCGGGCUUACUUGUCAUUUGAAGUCUCUGGAGCCCGGUAUCUUGUGGAUCGUUGGUGGUUGGGUGUGGCUCUGCCGAUUAGUCGAGACUUUGCCUUGGCGACGGUAUUUUGCUUCCCCCGACAAACCGGAUUCCAAGUAACGAAAGAAUGGAUACAUCAGAUGGUACAACGGUAUAACACCCAAUAUUACGUCUUCAAUCAAAGCUUCCUCUACUAUGUGGUCUUCAAGGUAGUCCCUGGAUUUGACCAACAUAACGUACAAAUCACGCCGGAUGCUGAAAAUUAUCUCAAAGCCCUUGGAAACAUGGCUUGGUCUAUCGACGCGGCUCUACCCGCGUCACUGCUCCCAGGCCCGUACGCCCUUGUAAAGGGCGAGUUGCGACGAGUUUUGAAGCUGGUGAAUGAUUCCAAUGAGACUUGCAUGGCUACUCUGAAACCGUUGUCAAAGUAUUCAUAUCCCCUUUAUCAUCCGACACAUUUGAGGCGGUCCCUAUCAAGAGUUCUGACGAGCAGUGUCUCAGUUCCGCCCUUCCGUCUCGAAUCAGCACUGUCGCCCAUGUGUCGCCCCUUGCCGGUUUCCCCAUCAUCCAAGACAGCAUCCAUCUCAAAGGUGCAUCCAGGACCUGGUCGACCUUGGCAUCGUGAUAACUGGCAAAACAAAGAUGGGUUCGUUCGGAAACUGGGAGGAGCCCACCGAGCACACCGACUAUCACACCCCGUGGAAUACCCGUGCCGACAUAUGUCAAUCCCCGGAAGAGGUAGUUCGGGACGUGCUUGUGCAGUUGCAGCGAAUUACCGGCUUGACAUUGCCAUAGGCGCUGAUACCCGGGGAUGCUUAACACAAUGUGCCUUAUGGUGUGGCUGCUUUGGCCUUCGUCCCAGCAGUGGGGCGGUCUGCGUGGCUGGUGUGGAAUCCUGCAUCGAGUCUAUUGGGAAGGAAAUAUCUAAAGAGGAUAGGGAUGUUGGGUUUCAACGCAUCGACAUCUGCAUGAAGUGGUUCAACAGCACGAUCUUGACAAGAGAUAAGUCAAAUGCCGUUGCCAUCCUCCCGUUAGUGACCAUGACCGCAAGAUAUAGAGUCCAGCCGCCGUACGGCGGCCACAUCUACGAAAUUCCGUAUUUCUCUUCCGUCACAGAUCACGACGAAAAACCUCCUUUUGCAGUGGCAGUCAUGGGCCUCCCGGGCAUGGACAUGGCAAUCAUCGAUACGACAAUAGAGACUCUAGAGGGGCUACAAUUGCCAACCGUUCUUAAGACCGGAAAGUUCAUGUUCGAUUCUGACACAAGGUGUCAGUUGGAAAGAAAUCGGGACAACACCGACGAGGUUGACGUGGUAUCCACCGCAGUGACAAUACCCACGGCUUCUAGACCGCCAAGGCAGGAUGCAUGUGAUAGAGAAAUGGUGUAA